GGGAAUGGAAAAUAGGACGGAGCGAAGGCUUGGGCGGAAGUUCCUCAUUCCUAAAACCACUGAGCGGGAUGAGUAAUCCAACAUGCUGAUCUCGCGGCUGACGUCUCAGAUAUUGAGAGCAUCACGGUGUACAGGUCAGUUGCUGCCAAGGUUGGCUGCUUCGCUUCUGAAUCCUGGCACUCCUUCUGUAACUUACAGCACACAACCUUCUAGCAAAAAUGGACCACAGUCCCAGCAAUGGUACGCAGUGCCCCCCGAACUGGAAGAAGUGCUGGUGCCCCGGAAGAUGUCCAUCUCCCCCCUGGAAAGCUGGCUGACAGUCCACUAUUCCCUUCCUAAAGAAGGCGUCGUUGUUAACAUUCACGAGAGGCUGGAGUAUGAACCCACGCAGCAGUAUGACCUGCCUCCGUGUCCCCGGAGCCCGGAGGAGGAGGGAAACGAGCCCAGCGGGAAUAACAUACAGUGCAAGAAUGUGCUGAAGAUCCGAAGGAGGAAAAUGAACAAGCAUAAGUAUUGGAAGCUACGGAAACGUCGGAAGUUUGUGCGGAAGAAGGUCUUAGAAGGACGGCGGCGGAGGAAACAGGGUAGGUUUGAAAAGGACCUGGAACGCAUCUGGAGGAAGGCUGGCUUGAAGAAGCCUCCGGAGGGGUGGGUAACGCCCAAGAUAUAUCUCAGGAACGUGAAAUCUGAUUGAUGUUGCUUCGAAUAGUGUUCUGCCGUUUAAUUAAACAAUUAUUUCAAACAAA